UGACCGCGGCAAUCGCUGGCACUGCAGAGCAUGUUUGAGUUCUAUCUGGAAAAGGCAGCAUCUGUUCAAAAGAAGAAGGGGAUACCGACAUUCCUCAACGCUGUAUGAUUCAAGUCAAGAAAAGAGUUUUCCUCUGCAUAAUCGAUCAAGUUUACUAUUUAGAAUGCCUGGUAGUCCUCUGUCACAAAGGAAAGAAAAAAGUAUCUCUUCUUGCGGAAAUUACUGCGAGGACUGGGCUGUCACUUGCCCAGAACACAGCUUGGUUAUACCAUGCACGUAGCGCUACUAAGGUAAACGCUUUCCAAUUCUUGCUGCCUGAUUGUAUCGAACACACUGCGCGCAACAGCUCUAUCAUGACUCAGUAUCAAAUGGGUGUCACUCACCUUGAGCUCCGCCUGCGAUCUACCAGUUACUUGAAAUAUCCCAGUCACACUACAUGCCUCGAGCUGAAUCCCAAUCCGCCCUGUAGUCUAGACAUAAUGAUCUGCCUUGUCCAUCGACGUUGCAUUGCUCGCAAGGGUUAUUCGACACCGUUUUUCGCCCGGCUAUCGGCGCCACAUCUCAGCCGCUUCGGGAAAUGUACGACGCACGGGACUGUCAGCCCGCAGAGGAUUAGUAGGAUUCUGUGGAAUUGCAACUAGCUUCUGGAUACGUUCAAGUUGCACAUGCAAGUCGUCUUCUUGCAGGCAACUCGACACGGUAUCUGGUCUCCAGCGACUUUCUUUGUUCAGUGUGCGAA